UCUUCACAAUUUACGACAGGCUGAGCGUCUGUUAUCUAAUUUCGUUUUCUAUUUUCAGCAAGGUUUAAACAUGCUCCCCGGGCGGGUCCUGUGAUCAGUGUGACGAUACUACAGAUAGGCUGGCGAGACUUCAAAUAUGGCCAAACUAUUUCGUAUGAUCAGGCUCAAUGAUCGCUUUGAUACCCAGGUCUUUACAUUCGCUCUACCAAACAAGAUUCUAAGAGAAUUUUCACCGGACGUAUAUUCAAAGGAUUUCGUAUAUGGUUAUCAGAAAUGGACGGUCAGUUUUGUAAAGAGCGAUCACCAUUUAGGUGCUUAUCUGAAGCUUCAAAGCUCAUCUGCAGCCAUGCUGUGUAAACUGGAUUACUCCUUCACGUUCCUGAACAGUGAACAUUUCACUAAAAAUGAAUCCUUUCUAGAGAAAGGUUGUGAGUUUUCUGAUCAGGAAGACACGAAAGGUCGAAAAACAUUUGUGCCCCUGGAGGACUUGUUACACCGUAAAUUCCUACAGGAGAAUGGGGAGUUCCUUGUCGAGCUGGAGCUUCGCAAUAUAGUGUCUACGUUAAACUGUUUUCUAAACAUUCCGAAGGAUUACACGAACCGGUAUGCCUACGGUCCCCGGAUGGAGUCGCCCUAUUUCUCGUUCGGUUUGUUUGAUUGGAGUAUAUCUUUGUUUCCAAACGCAAGCACUGUGGACACUGAGAGCAACGUGGCGAUCCAGUUACAUCGCCACACCAGUUUUGACCACUUGUGUAACGUGAAAUAUCACGUGACCCUUGGGGAUACCGACCCUUACGAUUCCGGAACUAUUGAUCAGCUGUUAGACGCCACAGGAAACAGUGACCCCUACGUCAUAGGUUCCACUCUCCAACUACUGUCCAAGGGUCGAACAUCUAUAAAGGUCAGACUGGACAUGUUCUCAGUCGUGUCGGUCAGUGAGGUGUCCCUUUUAGUGUUGAACAGAAACAAGAAUCGUGCCCACCUGUAUGACCGUGACAAGCAGGCUUGGAUGUUAGAGGCAGACGCCAGUGGGAAAUUCCUAGCAUUUCGCCUAUACUACACGGACAUUUCACACGUUCCCCGGAAGUUCACACGUUAUGUAUCCUUCAAUAUUGUAGUUGUACCCGCGAAUCCAGAACGGAGCGUGUCACGAGCUCCAAACGGCCCAUUCUACCGAUACUAUGUACAGCAAGAUCUUGACGACGGCUACAUGGUGCACACCGAUAUCAAGAUAGACGAGCUGAAUGAUCCGGAGAGUGACUACCUCAGUCCUGAUGAACAGACUCUCACAGUUCACAUCGAGUGGAUAGACUCUCAUCUCCUCAUCAGUCCAAAUUUCCACAGCCUUGACGACGCAACCAGACUUCACAAACACCAAAUGAUGCGAGAAAUCCUGGCACUACAGGCGGAAAACUAUGCGUUAGAAAAACAAGUAUACAGCUAUCAGCAAUCGAUCGCCAGAAACAAUGCCAGGUGGCCAAGCUAUGGGAGCCAGGAAGAACCGACAGGAAACGACUUCCUCAAGUAACCAAGAGUUAUCUCCCCCUACUUCCGUUAUAGACUGAAUAUGUAACUUAUAGCGAAUAACAAGCAUUCUCCGUGACACAUCCAUUUACCUGACGAUAAAGGGUUACCAUCAGACUAGUUCAGUGAAACCUAAAACAUCCUCGGUCAUUAAUUUGUUUUCAUCUGAAACAAAACAGAAUAGAUCGAUGAAUUGAAUGUUGUGUUUUGUCGGUUUAUAAUCAAUCUAAUCCCAUCUACAUCGUCAGCUCCAGUUACCGUCUAUCUAGAUGGCACCUCCGGCAGUCCUACUGAGACUAGUAAGGCAAUAUUAGUCCUGUUUCUUGUGAAGGUUUCGUUGUUGUUGUUGUUGACGUUUUGUGUACUCGAUGUUCGGUGCAUUCCACGCAAUGAACGUGAACAACAGUUUUUGUCAAAUCAUGAAUAGAGAUGACGUAAGCAGGCUAAAGAAGCCGAAUUUAUUCUGAUGAAGAUAACUAUGCAUAGUUAACAGUACGAUUUUACCAGCAAGAUGAUAACCACGGAAUACUUUGAUCUAUCUGUGUGGUGUGAACAGAAGUCUCUGAAAUACCCCGUUUCUACAUUUCCCCACCCCACGGCAGCACUUGUUGGUCGACAUCGUGUCCUCCUGCCUUACAUUAGAUGACGUGUGAAUGUCUUGAGGUAUCGGGUGUUGUUCAUCACCUUAUAAAUACAUUCGUUAUUAGUAAUAAUUAUAACACAUUUGUCGCCGGUGUUUAUGUGUAUGUGUGUGUCAGGUGCCUCCUCCUACCAUAACAUGUGUCCGAGUAUUAUCUCAUACCUCUUUAAAUAAAAUAUUUUCUCUUUGC